AUGGAUUUUAAUGAUAAAACAGCACUUGCUGAAUCUGGGACUGACAGUAGUUUUAUUAAAUCAAUAAAUGAAUUUAUUCUAAGUGAAAAGCAGCAAUUAUGUUCAGAAGAAAGAGCUGAUCAACACUACAUUUACUCUACUGCUUUCAAUAAGGUGAUUGAUUAUGCUACAGUUUACAGACCGAUUCUUACAGCAAUCAAGAAAGAAUAUGACGAUAUCAUCAGUGCCCUGAAGAAUAAUGAACGUAAAGUGCAGAUUGCUCAUGAAAAAGCAGUGUCAAUGUUGGCUCAACCAACCUCCUUAAUGUACUACCAGAAAAGAGCUGUUCAACUGCAGGAGAGGAUUGCAAUAAUCGAGAGAAAUACCACUGAGUUACAAGCCAAGUUGGAAGAAUUAGAAAGAAUGCAAGAUUUACAACAGCAGGACAGUUUUGAUGACCAGGCUCCUGGACAGAUACCAGGUCUUUCAGUAAGCAAGUCAUUAAGCCCAGCAGCACUACUUAUGCAUCUGCAAGACUUAAAGCAUGAGCAAGCUAAACUAUUGAGUAAAAUAAAGACUCACUAUGUGCCCAUGCAGCUAAAAACUGAUCUUGAUAAUAAAAUCAAGACCACAAUGAACCAAAGGGAUGAACUUGCCAUAAAGAGCCACAAACUACAGCUUCGUAACAAACAGCUGAAUUAUCUGACUGCAUCCAUCAAGUCUUGGGAGAUAUUAGAAAGCCGACCUCCUCUGCUGGAGUUCCUUACCUCUGAAUUGGAGCACAUCUCCAAUAUAAAAGUGUGUGAUGAUGAUUUUGAUAACAUAGACACAGAUGAGUCAGAAGAAAUUGAUCCAGCCAAAAUCAAGGAGUCAAAACUUCUUGUGGAAUACAUUAAGAGGUUUGAUGAUCUGUUUAAAGCUGGUGAAUAUGCAGCUGCUGCCUUUCAUGCUGCUAAGUCUUCUCAAGGAGUGCUGAGAGAAAUGGAGACCUUGGAGAGAUUUAAAUCGGUCACAGAGUAUGAAGGAGAACUUCCUCCUGUGCUGCUCUUCUUCCGGGCCCUGAUCUUAACUCAGCCUGAAAAACAAAUACCAGGAAAGGAGUUGUCUUUGGAGGGUACUCGCUGUGCCUUACAGCAUGGUUAUAUUGAGCUGGUUGCUUUUGGGGUGACUCAGCACAGGUUGACAUACAGUGAAGAAUUAGGUGAUAUUCUUUGUAACCAUGGAGAUGAGGACCCACGCAUAAUGGACACUUGCUUGGCCUUAGCCUACAUUGUUUACUUGGCCUGUUGUGUACUGCGCAAGGCCGCGUUAAGCAUGUGCAAACGAGGCCUGACCCGGGCUGCUGUAGAAUUCAUGCACUGCAACAAAAUCUUCACAGUAGAUGACUGUAUGUUUGUGGUAAGAGCAUGUCCCAGUCUGUCUCUGCUACGUGAGUUGACUCAGCAGUCAGGGAGAAAACCAGCAAUGAUGUCUGUGGGCUUUGUGUGCCAUACCCUCCUCAACACAGACCAGGAGGACCUGACCUUCCAGUUGCUGGAAGAAAUCCAUACAGCCGGCAAAGGCGAUUUGGAGAAAACCAUCCUGAAUGACGAAAUGUGUGGUGCAGAAAGCUGGAAUGAGAUCGCCACACAUUGCAAGAAUUCUAACCGGCCUCAACUGGCACAGGAAAUAUCCUCCACCCUGCUGUGCCAGCCUGGCAUCAUCCGCCUCUCCCCAGACAUCGAAAGUGCCAAGCUGAUGGAACACGUGUUCAUGUAACUAGUCGACCACCAGGUGGAGGCUUAGGGACUGAGCUUGUUUAAAACAUCCACCAGUAAUGAGAGGAUUUUUGAUUUAUCAGCAUUUCAAGAACACUGUAACAGCAAAAAUGAGAUUAUAGCUACAAUUUGGCUGUCUUGCUGCUCUUGAGGUUUAAUGGAUGAAUUGUAAAGCAGACAUCCCACAUAUACAUAGCGGCUCCCUGAUGCCCGCAAGUCAGAUAAAAUCUGCCGGAAUCUAGAACGAGUGGCCAAGAGCGCGCACACACACACACCCAGGCGACACAGACUUUUUUCCCAAUCGCGUAUUAAAUCCGUUAUCUGAUAUACAAUGU